AUGGAUGAGAUGACACUAGAUGAACUUGAAAGUUCCAUUCUAGUUCAUGAAAGAAAGUUGUGUUCGCAGGAUAGUGAGGGUGAGCAAGCAUUGAAAGUUUCAACUCAAAACCAACCUUCAUCAUUUAAUGGUGCUAAUCGAGGAAGAGGCUGUGGGAGAGGAAGAGGAGGACAUGCCCGUGGCAAACAUCAGAAUAAUAUGUCUCAUGGACGAAGGAGCGGGAGGGGCAAGUCACCAGACAAGUCCAACAUUGAAUGUUAUCGCUGUCACAAGUAUGGACAUUAUCAAAAUGAAUGUCGUACGAAUUUGAAUAGACAGAAUGGAGAAGCAACGAAUUUUGUCGAAAAGAAGGAAGAAGUUUCUGAAGAGAUUUCUCUUCUGAUGGCAUGCCAUGUAGAUGAAGCAGCCCAUCAAAACUUAUGGUACUUAGAUUCUGGUUGUAGCAAUCAUAUGUGUGGAGAUGAGAAGGUGUUCUCUGAAUUAAACACUUCUUAUCGAGACACUGUUAAGCUCGUCAAUAAUUCUAUAGUACGUGAGAUGGGAAAAGGAAAUGUUGCAAUCCAAAUCAAGGAGAACUCUACAUACACCUAUUGA